AUGUGUGGCUCAGACAAGAAAUUAGGGGAAAUUCGUGCGCUCAUACUUGUUGGUGGUUACGGUACACGCCUAAGACCUUUAACAUUAAGUAGACCGAAACCUCUAGUGGAAUUUGCCAAUAAACCGAUAUUGAUGCAUCAAAUAGAGGCCUUGGUUGAAGCUGGAGUAACUAAGGUUAUUUUGGCUGUAUCAUAUAGAGCUGAAGAUAUGGAGAAAGAAUUGACGGAAGAAGUAUCAAAACUUGGUGUAUCUCUUACAUUUUCACAUGAAACAGAACCAUUGGGCACAGCUGGACCUCUGGCACUAGCCCGUGAACUGUUAACUGCCAGUCCAGAACCCUUUUUUGUACUAAAUUCAGAUGUUAUUUGUGAUUUUCCAUUCAAAGAGCUUGCUAAGUUCCACAGAAGUCAUGGGAAGGAAGGUACUAUAGUUGUAACUAAAGUUGAGGAGCCCUCCAAAUAUGGAGUAGUUUGCUAUAAACCAGAUGGCCAAAUUGAUAGUUUCAUUGAAAAACCACAGGAAUUUAUUUCAAAUAAAAUUAAUGCUGGUAUGUACAUUCUUAACCCAUCAGUAUUAAGUAGAAUAGAACUGCGACCAACUUCCAUUGAAAAGGAGGUGUUCCCAUAUAUGGCAACAGAUCGUCAGUUGUAUGCAAUGGAACUGCAGGGCUUCUGGAUGGAUGUUGGACAACCCAAAGACUUUUUAACAGGAAUGUGUUUAUAUCUCAACAGUCUACGCCAGAAGAACUCUGACACUUUAUACGAUGGUGCAGGAGUCGUUGGCAACGUUCUUGUUGACCCCACAGCAAAGAUCGGCAAGGGUUGCCGGAUAGGGCCUAACGUUACAAUAGGACCGGGAGUUGUUAUCGAAGAUGGUGCUUGUAUAAAGCGCAGUACGAUUCUCCGAGGUGCUUGUGUAAGGCAGCACGCAUGGCUAGACGGCUGCAUUGUUGGUUGGCGGUCAGUCGUCGGUCGCUGGGUACGAAUGGAGAACUGCACAGUACUCGGUGAAGACGUCAUAGUAAAAGACGAACUGUACGUUAAUGGUGGACAAGUCUUACCGCACAAGUCCAUUGCAUUAUCUGUUCCAGAACCACAAAUUAUUAUGUAA